CAUACGUAGAAAUCAUAUUAUCAGAAAAUGAUGAUCUGAGUAACUCAACAAGGACAGAUGAUUCGCUUCUAGAAUUAGUAAAAACAUCUGAAAGACUUAAAAUCGAAGCUGUUUUAGAACUGGAACUAGAAAUAGAAUCUAUGACUGAUAGAUUUUCAUUGUCUCGUUUAUGA